AUGAAAGCCUACCUGAAGAGCGCGGAAGGCUUCUUUGUUCUGAAUAAAAGCACGACGAUUGGACGGCACGAGGAUUCAGACCUUGUUUUGAAGUCUGCCGACAUCGACAACCACCACGCGCUCAUCGAAUACAACGAGGCCGAGCACAGCUUCAUCCUCCAGGACUUCAAUUCCCGAAACGGCACCUUCGUCAAUGACUGCCACAUCCAGAAUGUGGCGGUGAAGCUGUUGCCCGGGGACAUCCUGAGGUUUGGGGCCACGGGGCUGACCCACGAACUGGUGAUCGAAAACCCACCCACGGCCUCCUACCCAUGGGUGAGGAGUCCAUCCCCCUGGCCAAGGCCACAGCCACCUUGGACCACACCGCAGCCGAGCCAGUCGCCCUCGCCGUCUCAGUUCCCUGUCCACCAAAGCAUGCGGCCAGUGCAGAGGAGCUGGUCCCAGAGCUUCCCCAGGCCCACCAGGAUCCAGCCCAGCUCCUCCAAGCGGCCUGGGAGCGCCGGCGGGAAGAUGUUCUCAUUUGUGGUGGACAAGACCCGAAAGUCUCCGGCCAUCAAUCAAGUGUGGACCAACUCUGUGGACCUGUCUGGACCAGGAAAGGCCGAGGGACUUCCCAGCGCAGCACCUUCCAGAGAGAUCUUUGCCAACCAGGACCUGGCCCAGCAGGACAAGGAUGAGAUCAUUCUGCUGCUCGGGAAAGAAGUCAGCCGCCUCUCAGACUUUGAAAUUGAAUCCCGAUACAAAGACGCGGUGAUCGCCAACCUGCAGAACGAAGUGGCUGAGAUGACUCAGAAGCUGUCCUCCACAGCCUGGGCCCCCACCGCCGCCGCCCCCAGUGAGCCGCGGGCCGGGCCGCAGAAGCUUCUGGCUCCCGAUGAGGCCGCCAACACCAACCAGAAAGAGAUCGAGAGCUUGAAGGGCCAGAUCAACGCCCUACAGAAGGGCUACAGCCAGGUGCUAUGCCAGACCCUGUCUGAGCGGAACUCAGAAAUCACAUCCCUGAAGAGCGAGGGCGAGAACUUACGGAGGGACAAUGCCAUCACCUCAGGCCACAGCAUCCACACCGCCUGGGUCCUUGUGAGAAACAGUGUCUGGCUGCCCCCGCAGACCCCCCAGCAAAUCGAGGACAUGGAUCGAGAAAUGAAGAAACUCAAGGAGGAUCUGAGGAAGAGCUGCACGGAACAUAACAUGAUCUCCAAGACCAUUCGAGAGAAAAACAAGGUUGAAGAGAAGCUGCAGGAGGACUCCAGGAGGAAAUUGCUUCAUCUGCAAGAAAUGGGGAACAGAGAGAACCUCAUUAAAGUCAAUUUGGAAAGGGCAGUAGGUCAGCUGGAGAAUUUCAGAAACCAAGUGAUCAAGGCCACCUACGGACGAGCCAAGCCAUUCCAGGACAAGCUCAUCACCGACCAGCAGCUAAUUGAGAAGAUCACCCAGGUCAGUGAGGAGAGCGUCACCGUCCAGCAGAAAAAAAGGAUGCUGCACAAGGGGACGCAGCUGAGCGACUCGAAGCAGGAGGAGCUGACAGAGAGCAUCGAGAAGCUGGGGACGUCCCUGAACAGCUGCCAGGCUUGCUUAAAGAAGCCCGGCUGCAGCCAUGACCUCAAGAAGGAGGUGGAGCUUCUUCAGAGCCUGCAGGUGAGCCCACCGGUCUCGGGGCUCCAGAAGGUGGCACUGGACAUCCUGGGCCUCUCGCUGUCCUGGCUGGAGGAGACAGAGCAGCUCCUAGGGGACGUCGGGGUCCAGCUCCCCAGCUCCGACAAAGGUGACUGGGCUUCCCUCCCGCAUAGAGUUGCCAGACCUUCGGGUGAGGUGUGGAAUCUUGUCAGGAGGGGACACCUGUGGAGAAAGGCUCCUUUGGUAGGUGGCCGAAGUCCAAUCUUUUUCCUUUCUCCAGUGCAGAAGCUGCAGCGGACCGAAGUCUCACACCCAUCCCUGCUGACAGUUGUUGUGGUUCCAGAGUCCCCGCCAUCGGGUGCACUCCGAGUCAUGGUGGUCCUAGAGCUCAAGGUCAAGAGUGAGAGCCUCCGGGAAACGCAGCAGAGCCUGCUGCAGGAGAAGCUGCGGGAGCACCUGGCGGAAAAGGAGCAGCUGUGCCAGGAAAGGCUGGAGCAGGAGGAGAAGCUGAAAGCCAGGAUCCAGCGGCUGACGGCAGAGAAGGCGAUGUUGGAGGAAAGCAUUGCUCAAGAGAAAGCCCGAGCGAAGAGAGCAAUGGAGGACAUGCAGAGGCAAUUCCAAGAGCUGGAGAUGCGCUCGGCCCGCCAGAAUGAGGUUUUGGAGAGCAACAUGGCCCACGAGAGAAGAAAAGCGAGGGAAGCCUGGGAGGCUGAAAAGAGGAGAGCUCAGGACCUGGAGAAUCACCUGACCCAGCAGAAGGAGAUUGCAGAGACCAGCAUUGCCUACGAGAAAAACAAAGCCAAGGAGGCCGUCGAGAAGGAAAAGAAAAAGGUGCAGGAUCUGGAGAACCACUUAACCAAGCAGAAAGAGGAAAUGGAAUUAAAGGUGCAGAAAGAGGACGUUUUAAACAGCAAGUUAAAGACCGCACUGGCCAUGGUAGAGGAAACCCAGAAGAUGAAGACGAUGGAAAGCCUGAAAGUCGAGAGCCUCACCAUCAAAAUCAACGAGACCUUAGCUGAACUGGAAACGACCAAGACAAAGAUGAUCCUGAUGGAGGAGCGGAUGCUGCUGCAGCAGCAGACCACUAAGGCCCUGCAGGACGAGCGGCAGUCCCAGAAGCAUGGCUUCGAGACGGAGAUCGCCGAGUACAAGGAGCAGAUCAAGCAGCACGCGCAGACGAUCGUGAGUCUGGAGGAGAGACUCCAAAGCGUGACGCAGCACCACAGGAAAAUAGAAGACGAGAUCUCGGCGCUGAAGGACGAUGACCCAGUUCAAAAGGAGGACGUGCAGCCGGAGCCUCCCAGGACACCUCCGUCGGAGAGUUCGAUCAAAGAGGACAUGUGCAACCACCUGAUAGAAGACUUGUUGACGGCUCAGAAGGAGAUCCUGUCCCAGCAGGAGGUCAUCGUGAGGUUGAGGAAAGACCUUACCGAAGCCCAUGGCCGAAUGUCAGAUUUGAGAGGGGAGCUCAGCGAGAAGCAGAAGAUGGAGCUGGAGCGGAACGUGCUGCUGGUCCAGCGGCAGAGCAGCGAGCUGAGCAUGCUCAAGGAGCAGAUGGGGCAGAUGACCAGCCUGGUGGAAAAGAAGGACCGGGAGCUGGAGACCCUCCAGGAGGCACUGAGGACGUCCCAAGAGAAGCACAAACUGCAGCUGAGCCUGGAGAAGAACCAGAAGCCCCAGGAUAAGGCCCAGAUGUGUGACAUCUCGGUGCAGAUGGAGCCGAUCCACGCAGAUAUGGUCUCCAACAGCCCAGAGGAGCAAGCCUUCAGUGAUCUGGGAGCCAGAUGCAAGGGGUCCCGGCAUGAGGAAGUCAUCCAGCGUCAGAAAAGGGCCCUAUCUGAACUUCGAGCGCGAAUUAAAGAACUUGAGAAGGCCUGCUUGUUGAAGCAUAACGACCGACUAGAUGACCCCUAUCUAGAAUUAAAGACUUUCAGAAUGGAAAAGAAUGUCCAGAAAGUAUUAUUGGAUUCCAGAACUGAUUUUCCAACUCUCUCGAGGAUAGAGAACCGAGGGUCUCAAAACAGCCCUUCCAACUCGCGGCCCAGUCCAGCCGUUGAGAAGUCAGGGAAAACGGAUGCAGUGGAGGCUUUGGAUCUCAGCGAGAAGCUGUACUUGGAUAUGAGUAAAACUCUCAUGAGUCUGAUGAACAUCAAGGAUAUGCCAGGCCAGGUGUCCAUGAAAUACCUGUCCCCCAAAGAGAGGGAGCGAGUCAACCAGCUUCGACAGAGGGACCUGGAUGUUGUGUUUGAUAAGAUCACCCAACUCAAGAACAGGCUGGAGAGGAAAGAGGAGCUUCUGAGAGGCUACGAGAAAGACAUUGAACAGCUCAGGCAGAGCAAAGUGUCCAUUCAGAUGUACCAGUCGCAGGUGGCCAAGCUGGAGGACGAGAUCUACAAAGAGGCUGAAGAGAAGGCCCUGCUGAAGGAGGCCCUGGAGCGCACGGAGCAGCAGCUGUGUCAGGAGAAGAGGACCAACAGAGUGAUCCGGCAGCAGAAGGAGCAUUUAGAGGACCACCAGCAGAGAAAUGCAAAGGAAUCAACAUCUUGCAACUGUUCCUUCAAAGAGAAAGAGAGGCAGAGACGGAUAUUUGUAGAGCUGGUGAAGAGCAAGAUGCAGAGCUCAAAUUUCCAGGCUGGAGCCAGGAAAACUACCCCAAAGACAGACCAAGAAAGGGGGAUGAUGAAGAAGGAAGCGACAAGCAAGUACAGCCGGGAUCCCCUGCUUGCUCGACCUGGUGGAAGGAGCUAGAGAAAUGGCCUCCCGGCAGUCUCUCACCAGCCGCUGUGAGUCAGACAGACUCUUCUGUGUCAAAAUACUAAGAUGCUUUCAUAGGACUUUAAAGACUGUUAACCUAGUGUUUUGCUUUCUAGACUGGUAUUUUGUAUAAUACUAUAUUUUAGAGUGUGCAGGGAGAGGGAUUCUUUGAAAAAAUGAGUGGGUGUGUAUAAAUACUUGGGCAUAUGAAGGAUCUGUUUAAGUCUGUAGCCCAGAUUCCUAGGCCUGGGUGGAUACACGUACAGGGCUCCACGGUUGGGUCAUGAUGCACGCAAACAUCUAUACCUCCAGGGAGCUCCAGAGAACACUCAAGCCGUACUCUCCAGCCAUAGGGCAGAUGGUCCGCUCACGGUGAUCGGGGCCAUGUUGGAAUAAUAAAUUUAGGUCGCCGGUCAGUUUUAUCCCUUCUGUAACAAUGACUAGAUUUCAUUGGGCAUUCUGCAGUUUUCAAAAUAUUCUCAGUUAACCCUCCCCUAAGCCCUGGGAGGAAAAAUAGUAUUAGGUGCCCCAUUUCAAGAUGCAGCAGCUGAUGCCAAGAGAGGUUGAAUGGAGCCUAAAAUCACACAGUACGUUCAAGAGCUGGGUCUUGAACUCAAGGUUCUAAGUCAUCUCAUGCUGCCGUUCUGCUACACCCAAGAUGGCCCAGUAGUUGAAGCCCCAAGGCCUCAAGGAUGAACCAAAUUCCCAGUCACCAAAGAGCAGAUAAUGUCCAGGGGACCCACUCCUCCUUGAUGGGGUUUGGAGAGGCCACUGGGCCCCGUGAUCCGCUCUCUGCUUCUCUCAAUGUCCUCUCCUCUCUCCGUCCACCCCUGCCCUCUCUGGUCUGACCGGGACAGCCAGACAAAACGGGAGGACGAGCCCGACUCCAGGAAUAUCACGUACUUCUAUUUUUA